AUGCCUUACGUGAAACCAACGGUCCACCUCUCGCGCAUUGCAGGCACUGCCCUCAAAUCUUUCACCCACGGUUACGCCCAGACUGUUGUCGCCGCUUCUCAAUCCUCCUACGCGGCUCAGAACACCAACCCUGGCCCUCUUGCCGAAUCUCUCAUCGGCAGGUUCCGUAAAUCGGAAAAGGCUCGUCUUCAAAAUGUUCUCCACCUCGCGGACCAUGCACGUCACGCCAGCACGGCCGUCGCUGGCGGCGCGGCAGGUCGCCCGGAUACCGCUCACCAGGACUCGGGGCUAGACAAAUACUUCGAGGCGUGGCAGAAACAUCAGCCGAAUGGCGCAAAGGAAUGGCAACAGUUUCAGUUUGCCCGGCGCAUCGAGUGGCAGCCGCCCUCGACCAUUCCCAUCGCAACCCAGGAGGCUGCAGAUGUCGAGGAGGUCUUUGAGGCGGGAGAUGGUGCGCCGGUCGCACCCGUCUUGAAGCGAUCGUACACGACCAGCGCGCUCGACAAUUUCGAAAAGGCUUUCCUUCUGGAUGAAAAGGCCGAAGCGAUUGCGCUCGAACAGGUCAACACGGCGAUUGCGGAGGAGGUACAGCGGGUCAAGGAGGAAUCUACGUUUUCGACAUCCAGCGCGACUCAGUUCUCUCCGAUUGAUGGUAGCUUAAUCGACUCGUUCGCGGAGAGCGAUGUAUACACUGAGCAGUUGAUGCGCUUGGCGGAGCAGGAGGACUUUGCAAAGAUCCCCACACUUUUCCAGGGAAUGCUUUUGUCAGGCGUGCAGAAGCCUUCGCAGAAUGCCUACCGCGCCCUGUUGAGCUCCGCCAUUGUUCUCAGCCGCGGCAAGCACCAGAGGGUGCCAAAAGCAUUGGAAGUCUAUUCCGACAUGCUCCGGAGACGAGUCGUGCCCGACGCAGCGACCUAUGGCAUGCUCAUCGACCUCCUCGCCACUCGCGCCUCUGAUGCUGUAGCUCUUCGCAAGUCUCUUGACGAGAGGCUCAACCGUUUCGGUGGAUUGGAGGAAUCUGGAAGAUUCAUGUUCAAGUCGAGCGCGACCGAGCAUGCCCUCGUAUCCGAGGACAACUCUCUAACCAUCGCCUUGAAGAUGUUUGAGCGUGCAUCCAAAUCAUCACACGCUGUGCCUGCAGAGGCUUGCGCCGCACUCAUCAACGCCAGCGCCGCACAUGGCCGCGUAGAGGACAUGACCCGUGUACACCAAUACAUGGAGUCUCGUGCACUCGCACCACAGUCGUCCAUCUACCCAGCUAUGAUUGCUGCAUUUGGUCGUGUCGGGGACCUUCGCAAUGCGGUGGAGGUGUAUGACGAGUACAAAGCGUUGGCCGUUGCCAACAAUGCCAGUGAGAACAGCAUCGUUCGCAUCGACAACGAAGUCUACGCCGCUCUCAUCGAAGCGUACGGUGUUGCAGGCCGACUCAAGGGAGGAUUGAAAUUCUUGGCUAGCAUCCAGGCUUCCCUCACAAAUCCGACUACCGUCGAAGAAAUUCGAGAGGUUGUCGCACGCAAAGCUCUGCUCCCUUUGGCUCUCAAGGAUGCAACCUUCCAGGACGCUUUCAACCUCAGCGCCUCACUGAGUGGGCGUGCGCAGUCGGCUGCUCUGACCUCGAUCGCUGUGGCAGCUGCUGACGCCAACUCUGUCGAAGUCAGCACGAGAGCCUUUGAGAUGCUCUCCCGGCAAACCACCGACCUUGCCGAGGCCAGCAUGGCGAUUCUGGCGAUGCACAUCCGCAAUGCCAACAUCGAGGCCGCAGAGCCAUUCUGGGCUGUCCUGGAAUCUGCUCGUGCUAAGCGUGUCUUCGUUGAACCGACCACGAUGCGUGCAAUCGCGCUCGUCGGCAUGGGACAGGCGGCUCGUGGUCUCGCGCAAUCGCGUCGCAUGUUCCACCGAGUGCGUGAAGCACAGUCGGAGAACAAACUCGCAGAAGCGUCCGAGCAGAUUGACGAAGCCAUCGAGUUGAUUGGGUCCUUCAUGCUGAAGAAUGGCAUUCCUUUUGUGCCGGAGCAGGGCAUUGAGGUCUUGCAGAUGAUGGUCGACAACGGCUCUCUCAUCCCUGAGAUCGCUGAGCACCUUGUUGCUCGAUUCGGCCCUGAGCACAUCGCUCGGUUGAGCCAGGCCAACUUGGAGUUCCUGCUUCGCGUUCAAUCCAGCAUGAUCCUAGAAGAGAUGUCCGCAGACAUUGCCAACCCUGCUCGUUUCGGAUGCAUCUUGGAGAACAUUGUCUCGCGUGGUGUGAUGCCCGCCGUCGGUACAGAGAACAUGAUCGAGAAGACCCUCGUCAACAUCGAUCGUGCUGAAUUGUCGCGACUGUGGAAUGACUACCGCUACCCGACCAGCCCAGCCAUCUUCGCUUCCCCGGUCCUGCCGCUUCCGGCUCCUGCUGCUUUCGAGGAGACAUUCGACCCCUACGCUGCUCGCACUGAUGUGAAGGCAUCGAACGCAAUCAACGAAUUGCUCGAGCGGCCACAGGGUCGUCGCAUGAGUGAAGCUCUGACCAAGUUCCGGAACAUGCGUCGCAUCGGUCGUAUCCCCAAGAUGUUCACCUACGGCAAACUCAUCGAGGCCGCCGCCAAGGAGAACAACCUCAACCUCACGCACGACCUGCUCGAGAUGGCCAAGCAGGAUGUUCCCUUUGACGCCCGCUACCGCGUGGUCCGCUUCGGCUGGCAGCAGAUCCUCGACCACAUGGUCGCCGCCUGCUUGAACUUGGGCCGCCGUGAUCUCGCUGCCAAGUUCCACCAGGACAUGCUCGAGAUGGGUUGCGCGCCUUCCGCCAACACUUUCGGUCUCUACAUCACCACCCUCAAGGAGAACACCAAGACUUUCGAUGAGGCUACGGAAGCGGUCAAGAUCUUCCAUCGGGCCAAGGCUGAAGGUGCUGAGCCAUCCUCGUUCCUGUACAAUGCCCUGAUCGGCAAGCUCGGAAAGGCACGUCGCAUCGACGACUGUCUCUUCUACUUCGCGGAGAUGCGCGGCCUGGGCAUCCGACCGACCUCCGUCACCUACGGCACUAUCGUCAACGCCCUGUGCCGUGUGUCCGACGAGAAGUUCGCCGAGGAGAUCUUCGAGGAGAUGGAAGCCUGCGCCAACUACAAGCCCCGUCCGGCGCCCUACCACAGCCUGAUGCAGUUCUUCCUCACCACCAAGCGCGACCGGGGCAAGGUCCUCGCCUACUACGAGCGCAUGCGCGCCCGCGGCAUCACCCCCACCGUGCACACCUACAAACUCCUCAUCGACGUCCACGCCACCCUGGAACCCAUCAACAUGCCCGCCGCCGAAGCCGUCCUCGCCGACAUGGCCGCCGCCCGCGUGACCCCGGAGGCCGUGCACUACGCCGCGCUCAUCCACGCCAAAGGCUGCGCGCAACACGACCUGCCCGCCGCCCGCGCCCUCUUCUCCGCCGUGCUCGCCGGCACCGCCCCGGGGACCCGCGUCCCCCUCGCCCCGCACCCCUGCCUCUACCAAUCCCUCUUCGAAUCGCUCAACGCCCACCGCCGCGUCGCCGCCGAGGCCCCCGCCCUCCUCCGCGACCUGCUCGCCCGCAACGUCGACUUCACCCCCUACAUCGCCAACGCCCUGAUCCACGGCUGGGGCGCCCUCGAGCGCGACAUCGUCCAGGCCCGCCAGGCCUUCGACCGCGUCCCCCGCGCCCGCCGCGAGCCCAGCACCUACGAGGCCAUGGUCCGCGCCUACCUCGCCGUCGAGCAGAGAGAGAACGCCCGCGCCGUGGUGCGCGAGGCCCUGAGCCGGGGCUACCCUGCGGCCGUCGCGGGCAAGAUCGCGGAGUUGGUGAGAUGA